CUGCACAUCUUCAAAACAGUUGGGAGAGUUACUACAUGGAGAUCUUAAUGGUAACUGGUCUUCUUGCGUACAUCAUGAACUACAUCAUUGGGAAGAAUAAAAACAACCGGCUAGCUCAGGCCUGGUUCAACACUCACAGGGAGUUGCUGGAAAGUAACUUUGCCCUUGUUGGGGAUGAUGGCACAAAUAAAGAAGCCAUAAGCACAGGGAAGCUCAACCAAGAAAACGAACACAUAUACAACUUAUGGUGCUCUGGCAGGGUGUGCUGUGAGGGAAUGCUUAUCCAGCUAAAGUUUCUCAAGAGGCAAGACCUUCUGAAUGUACUUGCUCGUAUGAUGAGGCCAGCCUGUGACCAAGUGCAAAUAAAAGUAACAAUGAAUGAUGAAGAUAUGGAUACCUAUGUGUUUGCUGUUGGAACAAGAAAAGCUUUAGUGCGACUUCAAAAGGAAAUGCAGGACCUGGUAUGUGUGUGUUCAAGUUGGAA